CCGUUCAUAGUCUCUGCCUAUCCCUUCCCUGUUACCACAGUGUCGGAUCCAUCCAGAUCUUGUUUUUUUGCACAUUUGUUCCUUGUCAGUUACUCAACAGGCUCAUUCCUGUGUUUCCUGUCUGGCCAGUUGUGACAGUAAUAUCGAAAGUCAGAUCCUGUGCCCAGAGUUUCUGAAAUGGAAUCCCCUAUCUGUUUGAUUGAAAACAAUGGGACGCUGCGAGUUGUACCAGAGGCAUUGUCCUAUCUUAUGGGAGUCAGGCAACCUGUUGUGGUUGUGGCCAUAGUGGGAUUGUACCGUACUGGCAAGUCCUACCUGAUGAACAAGCUGGCAGGAAAGCAGAAGGGUUUUUCCCUGGGAGCCACCAUACAGUCACAUACUAAGGGCAUCUGGAUGUGGUGUGUACCUCACCCCCUUAGAAAGGACCACACUCUGGUGCUCCUGGACACCGAGGGCCUGGGCGACGUGGAGAAGGGAGACCAGGAGAAUGACACCUGGAUCUUCGCUCUCGCCAUUCUUUUGAGCAGCACUCUGGUCUACAACAGUAAAGGUGCCAUAGACAACCAAGCAGUGGAAAACUUACAAUAUGUCACAGAGUUGACAGAGCGGAUCAAGGUGAAAUCGCCAGCCAAUGCUUCAUCUGCUGAGGAUGGUGAUGAUGGGGCAGAUGCACAGUUUGUGCAGUUCUUUCCCAGUUUUGUAUGGGCUGUGCGUGAUUUCACGUUGUUGCUGGAAAUUAAUGGAAAGAAAGUAACUGAAGAGCAGUAUCUGGAACAUGCUCUCACCCUUAAAAAAGGAAACGACAAGAAGACUGUAGCCUAUAACCUCCCCCGAGAGUGCAUUCGGAAUUACUUUCCAGAAAGGAGAUGUUUUGCGUUUGAAACACCUGCAGCUCCAGAGAAAAUGGCCCACCUCGAGUCCAUGGAUGAAAAUCAGCUCAGUUCAUCAUUUAAGGCUGUUACUUUGAAGUUCUGCAACUAUAUCUACAAUGAAAGUUCAGUGAAAAAAGUGAAAGGUGGACUCCCAGUCACAGGAAGGAUGCUUGGCCACUUGGCAAAGACCUACGUGGAGACCAUUGCUAGUGGAGGUGUUCCCUGUCUGGAGAAUGCUGUGGUGGCCAUGGCCCAGAUUGAAAACCAGGCAGCUGUGCAGGAAGGAUUGCAGGUCUACAAGAAGGGCAUGCAGGAGAUUACCUUCCCAGUAGGCAUGGAGGAGAUGUCCAGGAAGCACGGACACUGGGAUUCCCAGGCCAUUGAAGCAUUCACAAAUCGAUCCUUUAAGGAUGAGAAUGGUGAAUACAUGAAAACACUCAUGGAAGCCAUCAAAGAAGCUUAUGCUGCUUUUCUUGCUGAAAAUGAGAAAUCCUCAGAAGGUCUUUGCAGACAGUUGCUUUCACAGCUUUCUGAGCCAAUAGCCAAGAAACUGGAGAAUGGGUUCUAUGCUAAACCGGGUGGGUAUGACCUUUAUUGUGUGGACCACCAAGACUUACUGGAUGAAUACAACAGAGCACCCAACAAAGGAGUCAAGGCAGAAGAAGUCUUAGGGAUCUUUCUAAAGGAAAAGAGUGUGGAAUCUGCUGUAGUCAUGCAGGCUGAUAAGCACCUGACUGAGAAAGAGAAGAAAAUCCACGAGGAGAGAGAGAAGGCUGCAUUGCUGGGUCAGCAGAAAAAAGCUGAAGAGGAGAAACGUUUACAGAUAGAGAAGACCCUCAAAGAUGAACGUGAAAGCCAUGAGAAGGUAGUUCAGGGGCUUAGAAAGAAAAUGGAGGCCGAAAUGGCCCUUCAAAAGAAGGAGUUAGAAAUGACUUUAGAGUGCAAACUCAGAAAGCAGAGGGAUCUGAUGCAGCAAGGUUUUAAGGCGAAGUCUGAUGAAAUGACACAAGCAAUCAACAGCCUCAGAGCAGAGGUUUCACAGAUACAAUCAUCCAACCCUAUUGAAUCCAUUUUAGCAGCUGUGCUCCUUCCUAGUCUCCUAUCUAAAGGAUGCAGUUUCCGUUGUUGCUAACAGCAAGUUCAAUAUAAAUCAAUAAAAUAACUACAGAUGUGGACAAAUUUGUUGGUACCCUUGCAGCUCAUUGAAACAAUGCUUAAUUUCUCCUGAAAAGUGAUUAAAUUAAAAGCAAUUGUCUAAUGUA